AUGGAACAAAGCCCCAAGCGACGGAAGGUCUCCCACCAGGGCGACUCGAGGAUCUCCGCCAACAUUGCGACAGCGAGUCCAUUCGUCCUACAGACGGACGAACUGUUGAAGGAAGUCAAGGUCAACUACGCCGAGGCGCUGGAUGGCGCCGACACCCUUCUGCACAGGAUCAGGAACCUCAUUCAAGGAAUUGAGUCCCACGGUCCCAUUCCUAUCGCCGAAGCCACGCGCAAGUUCCAGAAGACGAACAAGAUCAAGAUUCCCUACCCGGACCCGAAGCCCGCCGACGAUGCGCCUUACAAGCUGUCAUACGAAAAGCCCGCCGCUUACAAUGUCGUGGGCAGCUAUGUCUCGAGGACGAUGGUCCAGGCUCAGACAAACAAGGGCGUGGACAUGAUUGUGCAGAUGCCGGCUUCGCUGUUUCAAGAAAAGGACCACCAGAACAUGCGCUACUUCUAUCGAAGAGCAUACUACAUCGCGAACAUCGCGGCUGUCUUGCUCAAGGAGCUAGGGGGUUCUGCUGAGAUGGAGUUCGAGAACCUGCACGGCAACACCCUUCUGCCCAUCCUCUCCAUCCGGCCCUCUUCCACAUCCGAAUCUUCAGAAAGUGACGAGGGCGACGAAAAGGCUGAAUCUGGACCUUCAAAGGUAGCUUUCGUCAUUAGGAUCAUUCCUUGUGCGCCCGAAGGCGUUUUCCCUAAGAAGAAGUUGCACCCCGCAUACAAUAGCAACCGAGGUGGGCAGCCGGAGAACGUCAAGGAGUCGAGCGUGUCUACACCCUUUUACAACUCGACUAUCAAGGCCGAAGACACCUUUGUCACGUAUCUGCGAGUUCUAACUCGAGCCAAAACGGAUUGCGCAGCGUUCGCAGACGCUUGUAUACUCGGAAGGAUCUGGCUCCAACAACGAGGUCUGGGCAGUUCGCUGUCCAAAGGUGGAUUUGGUCACUUUGAAUGGGCCAUCAUGAUGGCAUUACUGCUGCAGACAGGUGGUCGAAACGGACAGCCAGCGCUUUCUUCCGCCCUGAGCAGUACUGAGCUAUUCAAGGCCACAGUCCAAUUUCUCGCGUCUGCCGAGUUCGCCAAGAAGCCCUUCGUGUUCGGCACUUACAAGCUGGGGGCUGACCUUAUUCGGGAGAACGGCCCCGUCAUGUUCGAUCCCGAACGUGAGGCCAACAUUUUGUACAAGAUGAGCCCCUGGUCGGCGAGCCUCCUCCAUUUUCACGCCUGCACGACCAUGGAAGUGCUCAACAAUACCCUUGCCAACCAAUUCGAGCCGACAUUCAUCACCAAAGCUGAUUUGCCGUUGCACUUGUUCGAUACUGUUUUCGAGAUCCAAAACGUAGACAGCAACUCGAAGAGCAACAGCCCAGAUCGUCGAGGUGCUGUCUGGGAUCUGAGUUUCAAGGCGUACACAGUUUUGAAGAAGGCGUUGAAGGAAAGAUCACAGCUGAUCCAUUUCGCGAGCCAAGAUUCGGCACCAUGGUCAAUCACCAGCAACCAGCCCAAAAAUCUGCCCAACAUUCAAGUCGGCAUCAUCUUCGACCCCGCAAAUAUGGGCCGGUUGAUGGAAUAUGGCCCUUCGGCUGAGCUUGAAAAGGAGGCGGCAAAGUUCCGCAAAUUCUGGGGUGAUAAGGCCGAGCUCCGACGAUUCCAGGAUGGCAGCAUCCUCGAGUGCGUGCAGUGGACGAGGCAGACAUCGGCAGAAAUUUGCGAGGAAAUUGUCCGGUAUGUCCUCCAGCGCCACGUCAGCCUCAGUGCUGGCGACCUACGAUUCCAUGAUGCCGACAUUCCCCCGUCCCUGGAUAUCUCGCCCUUUGACAGGGAAUCCUUCGAGGCAGCGAGGAAGGCUUUCAGCACACUGGAGCAGGAUAUUCGCGGCCUGGAAGAAAUGCCGCUCUCGGUCAGACAAAUCGCACCCGUAGUCUCCGAACUACGAUCUGCGUCGGUCACGCCGCCCUUUGCACUUUCUCAGAAAUCCGGCCCUCCGCCCAUGGACGUGAACCUCUACUUUGAGGCAUCCAGCAAGUGGCCGGAGAAUCUUGUCGCAAUUCAGGAAACCAAGAUUGAGUUCCUCCUCGACAUCGACCGUCGGUUACGCGCCGUAAACGACAACAUUUCGACAAGUCUCGGCCGCGAUAACGCAGCGCGGGAUAUUGACAACCUCGCCUACCUAGAUAUUAUCUACGCAAACGGCGCCGCAUUCCGUUUGCGCAUCUUUGCAGAGCUCGAGGAGACACUCCUAGACCGCCAAGCCAGGAACAAGACACUGGACCCCCAGAGCAGAGUAGAGGCCGAGGAAGCACUCUUCAACCUAAACUGGCGCCAUAAGCACCUCCCCCUUCACACGCAGACAAUCACAACGUACUGCACCCGUUUCACGACCCUCUCAAACACCAUCCGCCUUGUCAAGCACUGGUUCAACGCGCACAAGCUCGCCGGCCACAUCUCGGAGGAGCUCAUCGAACUCUUCGUCCUUCACGUCUUCCUCAACCCUCACCCAUGGAAGGUUCCCUCGAGCACCAUGUCGGGCUUCCUACGCACGAUUCUCUUCCUCUCCCGCUGGGACUGGCGCGACGAGGCCCUCGUCGUCGACUCGUCAGACGACAUGUCCGCCGACGACCGCAACGUCGCCCAGCACCACCUCGAGGCCUGGCGCGCGCGCGAUCCAAACAUGAGCCACGCCGUCCUCUUCGUCGCCACCCCGCACGACCACCUCGGCCUAGCCUACACCCGCCAAGGGCCUUCGAAGCUCCUCGCGACCCGCAUGACCCGCCUCGCAAAGGCCGGGAGCAGGAUGAUCAAGGAGCAAGGCAUCGCCCUCGACGUCGUGGAGCUCUUCCACCCUUCGCUCGGCGACUACGACGUGCUGAUCCACCUGUCCUCGUCCGGCCUGAAGCGCGUCACCCGCGACGCGGCCUCAGAGGCGGGCACCCGUCACUCGCUCUUCAAGAACCUCGACGAGCGUACGGGCAAGGUGCCACUGCCGCUGGCCAGACACCCGGCGACGGUCCUGUUGCGGGAGCUGGAGACGGCGUACGAGGACACGCUCGUCUUCUUCCAUGGCGCUCCGGAGGAUGCCGUCAUCGGCGCCAUCUGGCAGCCCAAGCUGCGCAGCCGGCAGAAGUUCCGUGUAGGUCUGCCUUACAACUUCCACCGGGUCGAGGACGGCAGCGAUGAGGACGGCGAUGUAGUCGAGGUAAAUAAGCCGGCUGUGCUCCUAGAGAUUGCUAGGAUUGGUGGUGAUUUGAUCAAGAAAAUUGAGCUCACCGAGUAG